AUGCUUCCACACGUUUUUCACCCUCAGCAGACAAUUAUCUUUGUGCAACAGAGGCCAAUCGUAUCAAAUUUCAUCGAUAUGGAGUCUUCAGAACUGAAAUCGAGCAAGACGGACCUGGAACAUUUCCACUUGGAUAAUGUUGACGCAGAGAAUCUCUCGGUAAAUUACACCAAUGCCGAAGAGCGAAAAGUGGUCUGGAAGUGUGACUUGCAUGUCGUACCAAUCCUGAUGCUUCUUUAUUUACUCGCCUUUUUAGACCGCAUCAACAUCGGCAACGCGCGUCUUCAGGGCCUCGAAGAUGAUCUCAACAUGGAAGGGGCGCAGUACAACUACGCUCUCUUCAUCUUUUUCAUUCCGUACAUUCUAUGCGAGGUUCCGUGCAAUCUGAUCAUGAAGAAGCUAGCCCCUUCUACUUGGAUUAGUGGAAUCAUGGCAGCGUGGGGCUGUGUGACUAUUGGACAAGGCUUUGUUAAUUCCUGGUCGGCGUUGAUGGCAUGUCGUUUUCUGCUUGGUGUGUUUGAAGCAGGAUUCCUACCAGGCUGUGUGUAUUUGAUCUCUACAUAUUACAAACGAUUUGAGCUCCAAUGGCGGCUGAAUCUUUUUUUCAGUGCCAGUAUUAUCUCGGGGGCCAUCAGUGGACUACUCGCAUAUGGGCUGUCCUACAUGGAUGGCGUGUGUGGAUACUCUUCGUGGAGAUGGAUCUUCAUACUCGAAGGGAUCGCAACAGUGGUGGUUGGACUCGGUGCCAAAGUCCUGAUUGUCGAUUGGCCCGAGGAGGCAAGCUUUCUGAGUGAAAGAGAGCGCACGAUUCUUCUCACACGGCUUGGAUCUGAGAAUGACAUGUUCCCAAUGAACCGACUCAAUCGGAAUGCCGUGUGGAGGAUUUUGAGUGACAAGAAGAUCUACCUGGGUAUAAUUAUGUACCUUGGCACUUUAAACACUGGCUAUGCGGCUUCAUUUUUCAUCCCUACCAUUCUCCGAGACAUGGGCUGGACUUCCUUGAUGUCACAAGUGAUGAGCAUUCCGAUCUACAUCGUUGCCGCAAUCAUGACCAUCUCCACCGCUUAUUUUAGUGAUAGGAGCAAACAUCGAUUUGGCUUUGUCGUGGCCGGCUGCGUAAUCGCGACGGUGGGCUACAUCAUGCUUCUUGCGCAAGCGUCCAUCCCCGCCGGCGCAAAGUAUUUUGCCCUCUAUGCAGUUACGGGAGGUGGUUUUAUCUCCCAGCCGAUUCUCAUCGGAUGGCUCAGUAACAUUGGCGGACAUUACAAAAAAGCUAUUGCCACUGCGAUGCAAAUCGGAUUUGGAAAUUGCGGUGGCUUUGUCGCCAGCAAUGUAUUUCUGUCGGCGGAAGCCCCGCUGUAUGUUACGGGUUAUGCAACCAGCUUAGGUUUGAUCUGGCUGUGUUUGAUAGCGUCUGUGAGUAUGGUUCUACUUCUCUGGAGAGAAAACAGAACAAGGGAGCGAGGAGGCAGAGAUGAGAGAUUGGCUCUUGGACCGGAGGAGUUGGACAACUUGGGGGAUGACCACCCUGGGUUUCGCUUUAAUUACUAG